GCUCCCCAUGGUCGGCUCCAGUCAGUCGGUUGGUUCCUUUGCCACGAACCACCACAUCACGGAAGACGAGCGUCCGCCCGUCGCUGGCCACGAGUGCCCCGAUUUUGGGGUCCUACCCUUACCUGGAAACGUUAGACUGGCAUCCCUCGCUCCCACACAAACCCACACUCCGGAAGCACGGGCGGCUGCGUCCAACCAGAAGAGCUUUUGACUGGCAUCGAUCAAAUUGAGAAGCGCCCGAGAGGAUUGCCCCAAGAUUGGGUAUGUAUAUCUAGCGCCUGAUUCGCAGAAGAUGUCGAGGAUCAGAGCUCUGUGGAACGCUUCCAUUAACGCCACUAAAAGAGCGUUGACAUGGAAUCUGGAAGAGCUGAUGCCUCCACAAGAGAUGUGCGUUUUUAGCUUCAGCUCGAAGGAGGAUUUGAAAAGAUGGCACCUCUAUUCUGAUUCGGAGUAUGGCGGUCUAUCGUCAGCUUCGUUGGAGGUCAAAGAUGCAGAGAAUGGUCUAAAUGGACUUACAUUUCUGACACCUCUGAAUUAUAUCUAUUCGGAAGGUAUAUUUUCCGGCAAUCUUUCUUCUGAAGUAUCUGAUGGUUCCAGAUGGAGAAUGAACCGAAGUGGCUUUUGUGGAAUGAGAUCUAAGAAGUUUGAUGGCUUCAUUGAUUUGGAUCCUUAUGACACUUUGGCCUUUAAGCUGAAGGGAGAUGGCCGAUGCUACAUAUCUACCAUCUAUACAGAGAAUUGGAUUAAUGCCCCUGGUCAGUUAGAGGAUAAUACAUGGCAAGCUUUUGUGGUUCUCCCCAGAGGUAACUGGUACAUUGCAAAGAUUCCACUUGCUAGCUACCUACCCACAUGGAGAGGAAACAUAGUAGAUGCAAGGUUGGAAAUGAAUCCCUCCCGUGUUGUUGGAAUGUCAUUAUCUGUUAAUGCUGAAGGAGGUGUUCCUGGCACCAAAUCUGGGCCUGGAGAUUUUAAGCUUGAAAUCGACUGGAUAAAAGCAUUAAGAAGUGGAUAAGUAACAAAAAAGUUACUGCCAUGUCGUCAGAAAUUUUGACCUUGUUGUCUCGCUGACAUGACUGUUGAGAAUGAAACAGAAUCCAUGGAGAGGAGUUUGUGUAAUAUUUUCUUUGCAAAAUUUGGCUUGCAUAGAUUUUCCUGUGUUUAAUCCAUGAAUAACUUAUGCCAAGUCCUGAGAUGCUUUGAUGCCUUGUAGGGAGGGGAAGUAAAUUCCUGAUUCAA